UUUCCUUCCCCCCACCUCCGUUGUUGUUGUUGCAGAAGGGGGAAGAAUAUCUUCGAUAGAUCUCUUCUGCAAUAACAGCUUCUUCUUCGUCAAGACAUCAAUGUGAACUUCUCCGCUUCUCUAUUCAGGUUGACAUGCGGGUCAGCGAUUCAGGAUUUGCUCCAUUAGACAUUUCUCCGCGGAUCCUAGAGUUCUCCCCAACUAUAUUGCAGAAAUGAAUAUUGGGUCACGUACGCUUGGAUUCUAAUCUGAGAUGCCAACUGUUAUCUCUGAGAUCUUUUAGGGAGGUUGGCAUCUCAUGAAGACAAUAUCCCUUGUUUUAGGGACUGAGUAAUCAUAAUGGGUGGCUGUGUAUCAGCACAAGGAAAAAGAAUUAGACCCCGCAGGAAGUACAGUCACAGAUCUGGGAAAUGCCGUGGAAAAUUUUCUGCUUCUGUCCCUGAUGCAGCCAAUAAAAGGCUUAGUGAUGCAGGAAAUCGUGUAACUGAUAUUUCUGUCAGUGGAUUUGUUCAUGUGGAUUUUGAUAAGGGUGCAACAACCACAUGCAGAAGAUCUGAGGUUUCUAAUUUGACUUUCCAUCUCACCCAGUUGCAGUGGCACCACAGUCAAAUUGAUGCAAAUGUGAUAUGCCAAGAAGAAGCAUGGUAUGAUUCUGUCAGUAUUUUUGAAUCAGACUCUGAUGAUGACUUCAUUAGUGUGCAUGGAGAUUAUUUCCCUUCUGUGGGAAAUGCAGUUGGGAACAUCUCAAACACCCAAGUGCUUCAGUAUGGGUCUGCAUCAUGUUAUGUUGAUACAGGGUCUAAAUAUGAGGGAUUCUAUGAAAGUUACCUGAAAAUAGAUGGAGGUAAAACUGUGAACAAAGAGGAAUACAAUGAAGCAGAUGGAUUUAAGGUUGAAAGUGCCCAAGGUUAUGAGCUUUCUUACUUGGGGAAGGCCAAUGAAGUCUGCACCAAGAGGCAAAAAGUGCUAGAUGAUCCUUAUGGAAGUUUUAAUGGUCUAAAGGAGGAUAGACAAGAUUCUGAAGAAAAAUCUCAAGAAAGUACCCUGAAGUCUUGUUUGCCUCGUUUGGUUCCUGCUGUCGGUUUCAAUGACAAGAAUCAACUUCCAGCAAGUCCAAGCGCACAAUCUCAAAAGAAGAAGUCAACAGUUAUCAGGGUCUCUUUUAAGAGGAAAUCUUGUGAUGGAGAUGAAAUGACUGAAUUUUGUUCUUCACAGAAAUUCUUAUAUCGUCCCAGAACAGGACUCUUCAUUCCCUCUUCAAUAGGAGAGAAGCCAACUCCAGGACAUUGGUCUUCUGUCUCACCUUCAAUCUUUAAGCUUCGUGGAGAAAACUAUUUCAGAGAUAAGCGGAAAUCCCCAGCUAGUAACUAUAGUCCUUAUACCCCAAUUGGUGUUGACUUAUUUGUAUGCCCAAGAAAGAUAGAUCACAUUGCCCAGCAUCUUGAGCUUCCCACUGUGAAAACACAUGAGAAAGUACCUUCACUCCUCAUCAUUAAUAUUCAGCUACCGACUUAUCCAGCUGCCAUGUUCCUUGGUGAUAGUGAUGGGGAAGGGAUGAGCCUUGUGUUAUAUUUCAAAGUCUCAGAGAAUUUUGACAAAGAAACUUCACCUCAUUUUCAGGAUUGCAUCAAGAGAUUUGUCGAGGAUGAAAUGGAAAAGGUUAAAGGGUUUCCAAAUUACUCCACAGUUCCUUUCAGAGAACGACUUAAAAUAUUGGCUGGUAUGGUUAAUCCAGAGGACCUUCACUUGAGCUCUACUGAGAAGAAGCUCCUAAAUGCUUACAAUGAAAAGCCAGUAUUAUCACGCCCUCAACACAAUUUUUUCAGGGGUUCCAAUUACUUUGAGAUAGACCUGGAUAUACACCGGUUCAGCUACAUAUCAAGAAAGGGACUUGAAUCAUUUAGAGAACGUUUGAAGCAUGGGAUACUUGAUCUGGGUUUAACCAUUCAGGCCCAGAAACCAGAGGACCUUCCAGAGCAAGUCUUGUGCUGUGUGAGAUUGAACAAAAUUGAUUUUAUUAAUCAUGGUCAAAUACCCACAAUUAUGACAAUUGAUGAUGAUUGAUUUUGGACAGCGAAGUACCAGGCAUUGCAUUAGAAGCCACCAGUCAGUGUUGGGUGGGAAAGGCGAAGAAAGUCCAUCUCUGUAAACAUUUGGACUUGCACUUCAAGCUGGCUUGAAUUGGAAGGAUAGGGAAAAAAAAGGAGAAAAAA